AUGCGUGACAACCUACUCUUUUACAAUGUUCAAGAAGAUGAAAAAGAAAACACGAGCGACAAGAUUUAUAAAAUCCUCGAAGAAAAUUUGCAAAUCCCUGAUGCCAGAGAGAAGAUUAAAAUAGAUCGAUCUCACCGAGUCGGAAGGAAGCGUGAUAGCAACCGUAAGCCGAGAGCAAUCGUUGUGAAAUUUAACUAUUUUCAAGAUCGCGAACAAAUUCGAAUGAAUGCCAGGAAACUCAGAGGCACACGCAUUGGAAUCGCGGAACAAUUUCCCGAAGAAAUCGAAAAGAUUAGACAAACAUUAUAUCCCGAAAUGAAGAAGGCGAAAGCGCAAGGUCACAGAGUGCGUAUGGUUCGAGACAG